GCAACGUGUUUAUACAGUCGGCCCUACUGUUGACGUGUGUGGACAAUAAAUGGACGGCUGCUCACACAAGUCUGUAUGAGCUGACUUGGCAAUGUAUGUAUCGGCUAUGAACUCACAGCCAGAGGCGGAUAGGUGUAGUACGCAGUGGAGCACUUGUAAGUGUAAAGUAGCAUGAGGUAGAAAGAGCAUACAGGCACGCAGAUUGAGCUCCAUGUAUACUGGAAGGGUAGUCAUCAUUCCGCUCAGACGAUCUUAAAAAUCAGGAAUGAUGUUAGACGACGAUGAAACUAUGAAUAUUGUCAUUGACAAUGGCUCCUGUGUAUGUAAGAUGGGGUUUGCCGGUGACGAUGCGCCUAGAUGUCUCUCCUCCUCUGUAGUGGGACGAACCCGACAUGCUCAAGUUAUGGUUGGCCUCGGCAAUCGAGAUACUUACAUAGGCUAUAUGGCACAGGAGAAACGAGGGAUGCUCAGUCUGGAGUAUCCGAUAAAGCGUGGAGUUGUCACAGACUGGGACACCAUGGAGGAGUUCUGGAAACACAUGUAUUAUAACGAGCUAAGAGCGGCGCCAGAGGAGCACCCAGUCCUGAUCACUGAGCCGCCAUUAAACCCCAAGAGUAACAGAGAAAAGAUGAUAGAGGUAUAUCGUCAACCCUCAUUCUUUUCAAACGAUGUAAAGAUAUUUUUCGAGUCCCUAGAAGUACCAGCCUUUUACGUGACCAUCCCCGCCAUAUUGUCGUGCUAUGCCUCAGGCCGGGGGUCCGGAAUAAUACUGGACAUUGGAGACAGCGUCUCACACGUAAUGCCUAUAUACGAAGGUUACACGAUACCUCAAGUUAUAGACCGAAUCAAUCUUGGUGGUCAGGAUAUUACGGAUUAUCUCGGGCGUUUAAUACAGGGUAGAGGUUAUAACCUUGACACUACAGCUGAACACGAAACGGUUCGAGAACUUAAGGAAAAGGUGUGUUAUACAGCGCAAGAUUAUUUCAAAGAACUACAGGAUUGUGAGUGUUCUUCUGAAAAGGAGGUACGUUAUGAACUUCCGGAUGGCAACAUGGUGACGGUUGAAAGUGAAAGGUUCAUGGCUUCGGAAGUAUUGUUCGACCCAAUGUUAAUAGGAAAGGACUUUCCCGGUGUUCACGAAAAACUUUUCUCCACAUUAAUGAAGUGUGAUAUGGACAUGCGGAAGGAUUUGUACGCAAACCUUAUAAUAUCUGGAGGAACUACAUUAUUGUCAGGUUUCGCUGAAAGAUUAAAUACAGAAAUGGGUAAACUCAUCCCGACUACCAUGAAGACAAAAGUCGUUGCUCCCCCAGAGCGGUCCUUUUCAGUGUGGAUUGGAGGCUCUAUAUUGGCGUCUCUGUCAACCUUUGCCCCACUGUGGAUUACAUCAGCGGAGUAUGAAGAAACUGGUCCUGUCAUAGUUCAUCAGAAAUGUUUCCAUGCAUAAUCAGUGGCAGUGACAUGCAGAUGGAGUAAGCGCUUGAGUGUCACUGGUAUCUCCGGAAAGCGCCAUUUAAGCUGCGUGCCUGUAACAUUUUAACUGAUAUAUACAUUGUAAAAUGUUGUGAGCGUUUCAUGCCUACACUUCCACAACAGCCAGUAAAUAUGUCUCUCGUGUCGUGAGCGACUUACUCUGACACGCAGUACAUCACAGACUGUUCAUUAUGCUUCAGUAUUUUCAUUAAACCUUUCACCAACCUCGUCAUUAUAUGGACUAAUGCUGGGAUUGGAACUAAGGACCUCACUGGUCAAUUGCCGAUCGCCUGAGGGAAAAACGACAUUUUCGUGGACGACCUUGUGACUGUCGGUGAGAAUGACAGAUAUCAGUGCUGUGUAUUUCUCGCUGAAGUUCCAUUCGUCAGUCCUACUGGUUGUUGACAAUAGGUCAUCAUGUGGACAGUUCAAAACACACGUUUGAUCAUCGGAAAUAACGAGAACUGAAACCUUUAUUCAACUAUCAAGGACAUAUAUUAGGCCUGCUAAUUCAUACAUCUGUGUGCGUUUCUAUACCUUGUAUUGUUAUUUCCUAUCACCCUGUUUACUUUCAUUUAUUUAUUUGAUUGGUGUUAUACGCCGUACUCAAGAAUAUUUUACUUAUAUGACGGCGGCCUGUAUUAUCGUGGGAGGAAACUGGACAGCCCGGUGGAAACCCACGACCAUCCGCAAGUUGCUGACAGACCUUCCCAUGUACGGCGGGAGAGGAAGUCAGCAUGAGCUGGACUUGAACUCACAGCGACCGCAUUGGUGAGAGGCUCCUGGGUUAUUACGCUGCGUUAUCGCGCUAACCAACAUCCACGGAGGCCCCCUGUUUACUUUCAAUCGAACACACACCUUGCAUCGCCUUAAACCUCCACUCACAUCAUUUGGAGAGGGUAAUCUCAAAGAUUGUUUGAAAAGAAUGCGCUGCCAUUGAUGAUUUUUGUAUUUUGUUAAUAAUCAUAGCAUAGCUAUCUGACGUAGUCCAAAAUAGCUUAUGUUAUCGAAGGGAGAUAACUGUUGUAUCUGAACGAAAUUAGAGUUACUCCCCUUGUUCCGUAGCAAAACUGAGAGUUAUGACUCUUGUCAAUUUACUGAAAGGCUUUAAAUGCGCAAGUCCUUUCCUAAAUCUCCUGAAAUAUGACACUGUUUACCAAAA